UCGGUUGCGGUUACAACAUGCCCAUUCCAGCCAUUCUGAAUGCAGACAGGAUGGUUUUUGUUGUUACGGAAGCCCAUACUUUGUCGAGCCAUGCAAUGUCUUCCUGGAAAGUUGCGUGGCAAAUUCACCCACAAACUGUUUUCUUGCACUGAUGCAGAGACAGUUUGUCUUAGUAAGUCGAGUCGAAUGCCGAUCGUGUCGGAAUAACUACGUAAUUUUGGAAACACUUUUGACAAAGGUCGCUGAAAGAAAAAAAUAUGAAGAGUACCAACAUUUUCAAUAAGAAUGAACAGCCUUUGUGGAAAGGGAGGGUUCUGCUGUGUUUCUACAUUCACAGAUGGGAAGUAUCCCAAAGUAUUCGCCCUCGAUGUUGCCAAUAAACAUUUUGUCAACUUCGCAUUAAAAACAGAUAAUCAAACAAAUAAAAAACAUGCCUUUGUCGGCAAGAACCGUUCACCGUCCCACCAUCAUGAUGGCAAAUCAAAUUGAAUUACGUUCACGAUAAUUGGACGGAAGUCUCAACGCCUGCAUGAAGCUUAAUCUAACGAUGAAGGACAAGUCGCAUUUGUGGUGCUACCUGUUAGAUGGAAUCUCAAAAGGAGCCUGGUUGAACCGCUCAAGAAUAAUUUUUGCAGGGAAUGACCAGUGGUCUGCCGACCCACGCGUAUCCAUUGUGUCCAGCGUUGGAGACAAACAUGAGUACAGCCUUCAGAUACAAAAGGUGGAUGUAACGGACGAUGGUCAGUAUACAUGUUCAAUUCAAAGUGAGCGCAACCCACAGCCCAAACUGCUCAACCUCAUUGUAAAAGUUCCUCCCAAGAUAUAUGACAUUUCCUCUGACAUCACGGUAAACGAGGGCAGCAAUGUGUCGCUCAUCUGUACGGCCAGCGGGAAACCUGAGCCAGCCAUUUCCUGGCGACACAUAACCCCAUUAGCCAGGAAGUAUGACAGCGGUGAAUAUCUUAACAUCAGUGGAAUCACACGGGACCAAGCUGGAGAUUAUGAAUGCAGCGCUUUAAAUGACAUCGCCUCUCCUGACACCAAAACAGUAAAAGUCACAGUUAACUUUGCGCCAUCCAUCCAUGAGAUGAAAAGCCAUGGAGUUGGUUUGGGACGCACUGCUCUGCUGAGGUGCGAGGCAGCUGCUGUGCCUUUCCCCACAUUUGAGUGGUACAAAGGGGAGAAAAGGAUUAUCAAGGGCCAGGGCAUUGACAUCAAGAGCCUCAGUUCCAGAUCAGUCCUUACGGUGACCAACAUGACAGAGGAUCGUUACGGGAACUACACGUGCGUCGCUACCAAUAAGCUUGGGACUGCUAAUGCCAGUGUGCCUCUCAUCCCAAUUAUUGAACCCACCACCACUAGUGCUGUCUCAAGGCCAGACACAGCAAAGCACAAGCAACCAUUUCAUACACAAGCACCCAACACGGCGCCCUAUGGGAGCACAGGAAGCGCGCACGUCCCGCUGGCCUGCCAUUACCUAGUCCUGGCUCUGACCACCUUGAUGGCCGUGUACUAGCGGCAGAGCGGCGAGCAAAGUGACUGUCGAGAGCAUUUACAAGUUUUUGGUGACAUCGCCCAUGACUGGAUUCCAAACGGGUGCAGUUUGUUGCAAGGCAAAGAGGGGAAAAAUAAUAAUAUUUUUCUUUCUUUCUUUUUUUUGUCAUGGUGAACUUCAUGUAAAUACUAUUUGUUGUUUUCGUUCUUUGUUUUUUUUUUCAUUUUCUGAUUGAUGGAUGAAUCAGCUCCUCUCCCUCCUUGGCGUCCAAUCGUAUCAAACGCUCAACUUCACUCACUUGACAUUUGCAUCUGUUUAUCUCUUACAAGGAUAAAGACGCAAUUGUGCCAAUUCUCUCAGUACACAUGAUUACCAUAACAAUGUUUAGUUGAAUGCAUUGUGGGUGGCUAAAUGAAAGAAAAAAACUCAUUUUACUAUAAAAAAACAACAACAAAAGCUGUAGUCAAAUCAUUUUCUUUGCUUUUAGUUAGUGGGCCUGUUUAAAAGCUUGAAUCAGGUAGUGAAAGUAGAAAAGUUACCUGUAACAUAUCUGUAUCUUAACACGUUGAUUUUUUUAGGGGUUUUUUUUGUUUUUUUUUUUGAGAGGACUUUAACGAACAUGUACAGAUGACGGAAGGAACAGUCGCCUUGCUUCUCCUUGCAGAUAUAAAAACUUGUCACAUUU